GGGGGUUGGUGUAAAAUGUGCUGUCUAAAUUCGAAAUUGAUUCGGCCGUCUUUAUCUGGUUGCCGAGCAACUGGCAUCAUUCCUUGAAUAUUCUUUAAUUAGCUGAAAAGAUGUCGAAUAAAAUGGCCAUUAUUAGUACACCGUCGCAAACUACGUGGACAAAAUCUUAGGGAAAUGAUUUUUUUUGUAACCGAUUUUCUAGAUUUUCACAAUCUUCCGCAAUAUAAAGGAGUAAUAAUGUACCAGGAACAGAGACAAACCUACGAUGUCGUCAUAAAGGAGGAACCGUACUGUUUCCGCAGGACCGACCAAAAACCCGAUGUCAAACCGGAUUCGGUAUUAAACAUCAACCUGAUCCAAGCUAAGAAGGAAUCCGCGGAAGAAACGAAAGCCGAGUUUUUUGCUUUCAAAUACGGCAUCCUGACUCCGAAAGACGAAUCGUACUUGAGGUACGUGCGGUUCGCAAAGUGCAGCGUCGAAGGGUUCCCCGACAAACUAGUCCGGCACCGCCACGAAACAUCCUCCGCGUAUUUGUGCGAGUAUUGCGGCGCCGCGACGUCAAAAAGCAGACGGGAGUUUGAGAUGCACAUCCUAAACAGCCACCGAUGCGACCAAAAGGCUUUAAACCGAAUUCAGUCGCAGGUAUUCGACUGUACGCGUUGUGAUUACCGUACGGUGAAGAAACUCGACCUGACUCGCCAUUUGAGGACGCAUCGUGAGGGCGGGAGGUUCGUAUGCGGCGAGAGAUACGAAUGCUUUCACUGCCGGUACGCCACUGGCGAGAAAGGUUCGCUGGUGAAGCACGUAAGGCUUCACGUUUCCGCCAACGUUUUGCCCCACGAGUGCAGAAGAUGCUCGAAGAGGUUCAACGAGAAGAAGAGCCUGGACUCGCAUAUCGUAAAUAAACACUCGCGAGAUGCGAAUUUGAUGAAGAUGGUCACGAAUAGGAUUUAUCGGUGCGAUAGCUGCAGCUACAUGGUCGUCAGUAAAAGCAAAUUAGCCAGGCACAAGAUUGCCAAGCACCUCAGUAAGGGGAGUGAUUAAUACCUAUAUCGUACUUAUAAAAGCCUGUUUCACACUGGCACGUUUCGCCACGAAGCAGCUUCAAAGUCAACUUUGAGUGAUAUGAAACAUUCCCAAUUCCAAUUUUUGUGGACGUUUCAGUUUUUGUGCGUUUUUUAAUUAUUACUACUUUGGAAGUAUUGGAAAUGAAACAACGAGUUAGAGUAUUUUAUUGUAAAUGAAAAUAUAACCUAUAAUCUUUAAAAACGUGCAUGUCUUCCUCCUGUUGUGGUAUCAUUUAGGAUUAAAUUUGAAUUGUAGAAUGAUAUUUAGACACUCCUACUAUGGAAUUGUCAAAUAAUAACCGUGUACUGAAACCUUAUUGGGACUAUUAAUCUUAUAAGUAUAUAUUUUGGUUUGGACUAAACUGCCUAACUUGUUAAUUUGUGAUUUCAAUUCCAUUCUGAUAUUCAUGAAGCGGCAAUUGAAUAGUAAACUAUUGCGAUUGUGAACUUUUUUAAAUUGCCCUCAAUUUAAUUAAAGGUCACACACAAACUAAAAUCUUUAACUUUUGUCAUCGUUUGCUUUAAUUUUGAAUUAAUAAGUUUUGAAUAGUGCUUUUAGACCUUUGAUAAGUUAUCAUUGUAGUUUCAAAAAUAAUAAUUAUUAAAGAAAUUGUACGAUAGCGACAGUUCAUGUUUUGAAUCGCUUUUCAGAUAUUUAAUCGGAAAAUAUUCGUCGAUUUAAGAGCCUUUUAAAAUAAGCAAAAUUGGCAAAAAACACAUGACUAAAACAUUAACAAUAAAUCCCAAUAGAUGCUUAAAAUGUUCUCCAUGACAAUUACAAGAAAACACUGCAUGUAUUAUACAUUAGUUAAUAUACUCUUUAAAAAUGUAUCUUAAACACUGAGAUAUUUUGUUCAUUAAUGAAUUAUUUUCUUAACAACAGAGAAAGUCGUACAUUUUCUUUAAUAUUUUGGAUUGUUGAAACUACGAGGACAAAUUGUAAUAUGUAAUCAAAGAGAAAAAAGAGAUAGCAUUUAAAACUGCAAAAGGAAAAUUGAAGUUGAUGGUGGUUUAAAACAUUGGAACAUUGGGGUGGAUUGACUUUGACAGAGGAUGAAGCUUAAAAAGUUUGGACGAAUGUAUUUGUAGACAAGGCCCUUUCGAGUGUAAUAUAUUUCGAUGUUCAAAAUUUACAUUUUUGACAAUUUGUUAUUAUCUCAAACAAACCAAAACUAGAGUUAUUGUAAAAGAAAUAAAUGAGAAUUUAUAGUUUUUUUUCAAACUCUUACUUAACUUAAAUUUGUUCUUCUAUUGAUGCUUUUGAUUUUGUAUUUUUAUAAUUAUUUAUUUUAGUUUAUUAAUUCGCGUUAUAAUUAUUUCGAAGAGUUUAUAUUUUUGUUUACUUUGUUUAUUGGAGUUUGUAUUUUUAAUUUUUUUAUAAUAAUAUAUAUUGUUUAGUUGUUUCUAAUAAAGUGAUUUCCUUUCAUAUUUCUGCACACGUACGUUAACCUCAAACCUUAAAUCCAAAAUCUCACCAACUGCCAGUUUACAUAUACGAAGUGAGUAUCUAAGGAAAAUUAACUCGAUUGUUCACUUUUCGUCAAUCGUAUUGUUGGAUUUUUUUGAAUUUUACGAAA